AUGGCAUCGAUUCACACGUCUGUAUUGGUGUCCAUUAAGACGUUGUGUCCAGAAGUGGACGACUAUUGGCUGUCAAUAUCGCCGUCACUGAAGACCAUCGAUGGUCUCAAACAACAUAUAUUGACAGACAAUUGUAUUGUCAAAGACAUGGAUGACGUCGAGCUCUAUCUGUCCGAUGGCUUACUUCGCGGCCAUUCAUCCAUCGGUGAUGUCCUCCAAAACAGAGAUUGCAUUGAAUUACGUGCUAAACAGCGGAUCAAUUCAUUGCCCGACAUUACUACAGAGCCGGCACUUGAAUGCAAUACUAUCGAUGGUUCAGAUGACGAGACAAUGGGUGACACAUCGGGUGUUCAGACAAUUGUUAAGACCGAAAGCAUUUGCGGGAAUCAAUUGAAUUGUGAUCGCAAGCCAUCAAUAGAUCCCUUUAUAUCUUCGCCACCAAAAGUGUUCAUUAAAUCUGAGUUUAAACACAAAACAGACGCUAAAAUAGCCGAUAAAUCAGUGAUCAAUGAAUGCAAAGACAAAGUGACAGAUAAAGUGAUAGUAAAGAGUGAAUCCAACGGUUCCGGUGACUGUCCGCUCGAUUCUACGGCCAGUAUAUCGUCGGCAGCGGUAGUCACACAAUCGGGCCGUAAAAUUAGUGCCGACAAUACUGUUAGUCAUAAAAGUACUAAAAGUUCCUCAACUGAAAGCGCAAGUGUUGUGGACUUCGAUAACGAACCACUGGGUAUUGGAUUCAAUUGUAAGACAAUAUCGACAAAGAAAGUGAUAGUCAAGAGUGAAUCCAGCGCUAAAUUUAUCGAGUGUCCGCUCACUUCUACAAAAGCAGUGGUCACACAGUCGGACGGCAAAUGCCUCACAAAAAACAUUGCCAUCAAAACACUGGGACUCGUUGUGGAGCCGCGGAACUUAUCCUUCGGUGAUGUCUUGAUGAGCAGUGAUUGCAUUGAAGUGCGACCAAAGUUUGCUUAUAAACGCCGGAUCAGCUCUUUGCCCGACAGUACCAUUGGUCACACAAAGCCAGUAAAGAGUAAAGCCAACGGUUCCGUCGACUAUCUGCCAAAUUCUAUGGACAAUAUAUCGUCGGCCACAGCAGUGGUCACACAAUCGGGCGGCAAAUGCCACACAACAAACGUUGCCAUUAAAACAAUGGGACCCGUAGUGGAGCCGCAGAAGCCGUCGGGAAGCGGUCAGACCGGCAAAUGCUGGCUCGUAUGCCGUGAGCCGGAGUGUGACUACAAGACUCAAUAUCAUAUUGACUUACGCCAACAUAAUCUGAUCCAUCGGAUCACAUGCGAUGUGUGUGUCGGCCGUACGUUCAGAAAUAGGCACACAUUUGAUGAACAUUACCGCACAUCUCAUCCCAACUAUUACUUGUUCGUUAAAGAGGUUAACGACACUAAAAAGGCCAAGAAAUCAGUGGUCAAUGAUUCGGGUGAUAGAGUGGCAGAGAAUUCGGUAUUAGAGAGUCAAUCCGGCCGUCCUAUUGGCUGUCGACCCGAUUCUACGGCAAGUAUAUCGUCGACCACAGCAGUGGUCACACAAUCGGGUGAUAAAUGGCACACAAAUAGCGUUGCAAUGAAUGCAAAGACACCCGAAGACGGGCCGCAACGGACAACAGCACCGGUGCGGACGUUCCACUGCCAUCACCUCGGAUGUGACUACAAGACACAGAGUCGUUGGAACUUUCUCAAGAAGUGUCCCAUUCAUUGCCCAUUUCUAUGUCAGUUAUGUAAUCGACAGCGAUUCAAAACGGCGUUCCAACUAGAGAGACAUCACCGCACAGUACAUCCCAAUGACUUCCCAGACAUGCCAUGGCUUCAGUGCACUCAUGAGGGCUGUGUCUACCAAACUAAAGAUAAGACGUUAUGUCCAGAAGUGGACGACUAUUGGCUGUCGAUAUCGCCGUCACUGAAGACCAUCGAUGGUCUCAAACAACACAUACUGUCAGACAAUUGUAUCGUCAAAGACAUGGAUGACGUGGAGCUCUAUCUGUCCGAUGGCUUACUUCGCGGCCAUUCAUUCAUCGCUGGUGUCAUCCGAGACAGAGAUCGCAUCGAAAUGCGGAUCAAAUAUAUGGACAAAAAGCGGAUCAACUCUUCAGCCGACAGUACUUCUGGCUAUAAGAGGAGCAAAAGUUCAGUGAAUGAGUGCAUAAUUGUUGAGGACUCCGAUGACGAGACAAUGAGUGGCCUAUUAGUUGUUAAGACCGAAAAGACAUCCGGGAAUCAAUUGAAUUGUGAUCGCAAGCCAUCAAUAGAUCCCUUCAUAUCUUCGCCACCAAAAGUGUUCAUCAAAUCUGAGUUUAAACACAAAACAGACACUAAAAGAGCCGAUAAAUCAGUGAUCAAUGAAUUCAAAGACAAAGUGACAGAUAAAGUGAUAGUAAAGAGUGAACCCAACGGUUCCGGUGACUGUCCGCCCGAUUCUACGGCCAGUAUAUUGUCGGCAGCAGUGGUCACACAAUCGGGUCGUAAAAUUAGUGCCGACAAUACUGUUAGUCAUAAAAGUACUAAAAGUUCCUCAACUGAAAGGGCAAGUGUUGUGGACUCCGAUAACAAAUUACUGAGUUUUGAACUUCAUUGUAAGGCAAUGGCGAAAAAGAUAGUCGAAAGUGAAUCCAACGCUGAAUAUGUCGAGUGUCCGCUCACUUCUACGGCCAGUAUAUCGUCGGCCACACCAGUGGUCACACAAUUGGGCGGCAAACGCCACACAACAAACGUUGCCAUCAAAACACUGGGACCCGUAGUGGAGCCAAAGCAGCCGUCGGGAAGCGGUCAGACAGCGACCAAAUGGUGGCGCUUAUGCCGCGAACCCGACUGUCACUACAAGACUGAAAGCCUGUUUGAAUUACAUCAACAUAAGCUGAUCCAUAGGACCCGAUGCGAGCUAUGUACCGUACGUAUUGGCCGUACGUUCAAAAAUAAGCGUAAAUUAGACGAACAUCACCGCACAUCACAUCCCAACCAUUACCCGAUUAUAGACACUAAAAGAACUGACAAAUCUGUGAACAAUUGGUUCGAAGAAAGAGUGGCACAGAAAGUGAAGAGUGGUUCCAGCGGUUCCAACGUGUUUUUGCCCAUUUCAACUGCCAGUAUAUCGUCGGACACAGCAGUAGUCACACAAUCGGGCGGCAAAUGCCACACAACAAACGUUGCCAUCAAAACACUGGGACCAGUAGUGGAGCCGCAGCGGCCAUCGGGAAGCGAUCAGACCGGCAAAUGCUGGCUCGUAUGCUGUGAGCCUAAGUGUGGCUACAAGACUGAAUAUUAUACUGACUUACACCAACAUAAGCUGAUCCAUCGGAUCACAUGUGAUUUAUGUGUUGGCCGUACUUUCGGAAAUAGGCGCACAUUUGAUAACCAUUAUCGCACAUCACAUCCAAACUAUUACUCAUUCGUCAAAGAGAUUAACGGGACUAAAUCAGCGAUCAAUGAAUCGGGUGAGAGAGUGGCAGACAAUGCGAUAUUAGAGAGUCAAUCCCGCGGUACUAUUGACUGUCGACCCGAUUCUACGGCUAGUAUAUCGUCGGCCGCAGCAGUGGUCACACAAUCGGGUGAUAAAUGGCGCACAAAAAGCGUUGCCAUGAAAACAAAUAAACCGAUGUCAGUAUCAGCGCCGACACCGGGAACUGGUAGUACGGGUGAGAGCCGUACAAAUGUGGUCACAAAACCACAGUUUCGCCGCAAAUGGCUUCCGUGCCGAAUCUGUCGCUCACUGUUUGCGGACAAAGACACGCAAUACAGACAUCACCUCUGCUCACAUCCCUAUGAAUUCCCAGACGUGCCGUGGAUUAAGUGCCACAAAAAUAAGUGCACAUUUAAAACCAAAGAUACCGAUCAUCUUAAUAGACAUAUUCAAAAGUUGCAUUAA